CUGUGUUCUUCAGUCUAACGAAUAAUUACAGUGGUAAUUCCAUCUAUUUAACGCUACCUGCACAAUGAGAGUAUAACCCGAGAUCCCCAAAACGGAAAAAGAUAUUGCUCACUGAACAGUGAGCACAUACACUCAGCUGCGAAUAAAUCGAGGGACGCAAUAAUCAAGCUCAACUACCAAAUACGACUUAUCGCUUCUUGGGCCAGAAAUCACAAUUCAAUAUGAUAUUGUUGAUAUUUGCCACCGCACUAUUGAUCGGCGCCUGUACAAUCGUACACUAUUUUAAAAAUAAGUACAAGUACUGGGAAUCAAGAGGUGUGCCAUACGACAAACCAACUUUGUUCUUCGGCAGCUUCUGGCGCUUCUUUUUCGAAAGAGAUAACUUGAACAAGUACCUGGAGCGAACCGGAAAGAAAUAUGAUUCGCCUUAUUUUGGAUUCUUUAUAUUUACCAAGCCGAUACUGGUAAUCCAGGAUAUUGAGAUAGCGAAAAGGAUCUUCGUUAAAGAUUUCGUGUCGUUUCCAAACAAGCUAUUUUUUCCUGACAAACAUUACGAUCCAAUAUUUAAUAAUUCAUUAAUAAACUUAAGAGGAGAAGACUGGAGGUAUAUGAGACGCAAACUUAGUCCAGUGUUUACAACUGGCAAGAUAAAGACCAUGUUGGAGAUAAUUGAUGAGUGUUCAGAUCGCCUAACGAGAUAUUUGGCGAACAUUCCAGAUGGAGAUCUGGAGGUUACUGAGGUAGCGUCCAGGUUUGCAGCGGAUGUGAUCUCCUUAUGCAUGUUUGGUGUAAAAUGCGAUUGUUAUCAAAAGCAAAUACACAACUUUCAAUAUUAUGGCGAAAAUAUACUUACCAAAGGAACUAUUGGUGUCAUCAUAACUGUCGCGUAUAUAUUCGUCCAUUUUGCGGUUAAGAUUUUUAAAUUCACGUAUUUUAAUCCAGAGGGAGUGAAAUAUUUUCGAGGCGUUUUUACAGAUAUUUUCAAUGAACGCAAGGAGCAGUAUCUUAAGCGCAAUGACUUAGUAGACAUUUUGCUGGACUUUAAGCGAAGUGAUGGAAACAAUGGCAGAUUCGUGCACGACGACACUCAACUACUUGCACAAGCGAUUGCCUUUUCCUUUGCGGGACAAGAAACGACAUCAUCUAUACUUUCGUUUACGCUCCACGAGUUAAGCCUGAACAACUCAAUACAAGAUCGAUUGAGGCAAGAAAUUGUUGAAAUAAGUAAUAGAUAUGGAAAUCUCAAUUAUCGGGGAUUGCAUGAAAUGAAGUACUUAAGCAUGGUUGUUAAUGAAACACUACGGAAACACCCUCUCACUACUUUUGUUCAGCGGGAAGCACUCGAUGACUACACUUUUCCUGAAACGGGACUCCAAUUGGAACGGGGAACGGGAAUAAUUGUACCUUUAAAGAGCUUCCAUUACGACCCCAAGUACUUUCCAAACCCUGAGAUUUAUGAUCCGGAAAGGUUUAGGGAGCAGGAUACACAUAUGGCGUUUGGUAUUGGGCCUAGGGGUUGCAUCGGAAAGAGAUUUGCUCUGGUAACGAUAAAGAUGGCACUGGUAAAUAUACUGAAGAAGUUUAAAGUGGAAAGAAAUGCAGAAACAAGAGAGACAAUACCAAUUAACUCGCCGCUCAUUUUUAGACCAGAAAAUUGCGUCAAUGUAAGAUUUACGCAUCUCAGUGAAACGUAGUGGACCACUCAGAUGACCUCUUCAAGUGUUACCGUUUAAAAUUAACUAAAAGUAGUAUCGUUUGCAUCGAUCAUAAAUGUGUAAUUCAGAAAUUAGUAAAAAAUUCUUGAAAAAACACAAGAAAAACGUUGUUCUGAAUUUUUAAAACAAAGAUUCAGUUUAGCUGUUCAGCAGGGAAAUGCGGCUUGUAUUUUAAGCACUCUACCGCCACAGACAGCAUUUAAUAAAAAUUUUUAUAUUUUAAAUA